CCCUUUGUGGCGGCUCCUGACAUGCAGGGCCCGGGGCACUAAGCAGUAGCGGCGGCUCCAGCCACAGAAACAGCCCUGGGACCCCGUGUAGAAGCUCCAUCCCCUUGUCUUUGUGUCCUGCGUCCCCAGGCUCCGAGGCAGAUUAUCUUGGAAGAUCUAUGACUCGGAGAUGUUUCCCUUGAAGGAUGUUGAAAUGGGUGCCUUUACCUUCUUUGCCUCCGCUCUACCACAUGAUGUUUGUGGAAGCAACGGGCUUCCUCUCACACCAAAUUCCAUCAAAAUUUUAGGGCGCUUUCAGAUCCUUAAGACCAUCACCCAUCCAAGACUGUGCCAAUAUGUGGAUAUUUCUAGAGGAAAACAUGAGAGACUGGUGGUAGUGGCUGAACACUGUGAACAGAGCCUGGAAGACUUACUCCAAGAAAGGAAACCUGUGAGGUCACUAGUUCCUCUCUGUCUAGAUGGCCUUUCCACAGCCUCGUCGGAGCCUAGUGGCUGUUCAAAGGUUUUGUGCAUAGCAUUUGAGGUACUCCAGGGCUUGCAGUAUAUGAACAAACAUGGUAUAGUACAUCGGGCGCUGUCUCCUCAUAAUAUCCUUUUGGAUCGAAAGGGACAUGUUAAAUUGGCUAAAUUUGGACUUUAUCACAUGACAGCUCAUGGUGAUGAUGUUGAUUUUCCAAUUGGGUAUCCAUCAUACUUGGCACCUGAGGUAAUUGCACAAGGAAUUUCCAAAACCACUGAUCAUGUGCCAAGUGAAAAACCAUUGCCCUCUGGCCCCAAAUCAGACGUAUGGUCUCUAGGAAUCAUUUUAUUUGAGCUUUGUGUGGGAAGAAAAUUAUUUCAGAGCUUGGAUGUUUCUGAAAGACUAAAAUUUUUGCUUACAUUGGACUGCGUGGAUGACACUAUAACAGUUCUGGCUGAAGAACAUGGUUGCCUGGACAUUAUAAAGGAGCUUCCUGAAAAUGUGAUAGAUCUUUUGAAGAAAUGUCUCACCUUCCACCCUUCCAAGAGGCCAACCCCAGAUGAAUUAAUGCAGGACAAGGUGUUCAGUGAAGUGUCACCUUUAUACACCCCAUUUACGAAACCUGUCAGUUUGUUUUCCUCUUCUCUGAGAUGUGCUGAUUUAACUCUGCCUGAGGAUAUCAGUCAGCUGUGUAAAGAUAUAAGCAGUGAUUACCUGGCAGAAAGAUCAAUUGAAGAAGUGUAUUACCUUUGGUGUUUAGCUGGAGGUGACUUGGAGAAAGAGCUUGUGAACAAGGAAAUUAUUCGGCCCAAACCACCUAUCUGCACACUCCCCAAUUUUCUCUUUGAAGAUGGUGAAAGCUUUGGACAAGGUCGAGAUAGAAGCUCACUAUUGGAUGAUACUACUGUGACAUUGUCACUAUGCCAGCUAAGAAAUAGAUUAAAAGAUGUUGGUGGAGAAGCAUUUUACCCACUACUUGAAGAUGACCAGUCUAAUUUACCUCAUUCCAAUAGCAGCAAUGAACUGUCUGCUGCUGCCACACUGCCUUUAAUCAUCCGGGAGAGGGACACCGAGUACCAGCUUAACAGGAUCAUUCUCUUCGACAGGCUGCUCAAGGCUUAUCCAUAUAAAAAAAAUCAAAUCUGGAAAGAAGCAAGAGUUGACAUUCCUCCACUGAUGAGAGGUUUAACCUGGGCUGCUCUUCUGGGAGUUGAGGGGGCCAUUCAUGCCAAAUAUGAUGCAAUUGAUAAAGAUACUCCAAUUCCUACAGAUAGACAAAUUGAAGUGGAUAUUCCUCGUUGUCAUCAGUAUGAUGAACUGUUAUCAUCACCAGAAGGUCAUGCAAAAUUUAGGCGUGUGUUAAAAGCCUGGGUAGUAUCCCAUCCUGAUCUUGUAUAUUGGCAAGGUCUUGACUCACUUUGUGCUCCAUUCCUAUAUUUAAAUUUCAAUAAUGAAGCCUUGGCAUAUGCGUGUAUGUCUGCUUUUAUUCCCAAAUACCUGUAUAACUUCUUCUUGAAAGACAACUCACAUGUAAUACAAGAGUAUUUGACGGUGUUCUCUCAGAUGAUUGCAUUCCAUGAUCCAGAGCUGAGUAAUCAUCUCAAUGAGAUUGGAUUUAUUCCAGAUCUCUAUGCUAUCCCUUGGUUUCUUACCAUGUUUACUCAUGUAUUUCCACUGCACAAAAUUUUUCACCUCUGGGAUACCUUGCUACUUGGAAAUUCCUCUUUCCCAUUUUGUAUCGGAGUAGCAAUUCUUCAGCAGCUGCGGGACCGGCUUUUGGCCAAUGGCUUUAAUGAGUGCAUUCUUCUCUUCUCUGAUCUACCAGAAAUUGACAUUGAACGUUGUGUACGAGAAUCAAUCAACCUGUUUUGUUGGACUCCUAAAAGUGCUACUUACAGACAGCAUGCUCAACUUCCAAAGCCAACUUCUGAUAACAGUGGAGUCAGAAGUUCAACAUCUUAUUUCUCGGAGCGUCCAGAUACUCCAAAAACAGAUCUGUCAAGAGAAUCCAUCCCAUUAAAUGACCUAAAGUCAGAAGUUUCUCCCCGGAUUUCAGCAGAGGACCUGAUUGACUUGUGUGAGCUCACAGUGACGGGCCACUUCAAAACACCCACCAAGAAGACCAAGUCCAGUAAACCGAAGCUCCUGGUGGUUGACAUCCGGAAUAGCGAAGAUUUUAUUCGGGGUCACAUUUCAGGCAGCAUCAACAUUCCAUUCAGCACUGCAUUCACCUCGGAAGGGGAACUUACCCAGGGCCCUCACACCUCUGUGCUCCAAAGCUUCAAAGGAAAGGUCAUUGUCAUCGUGGGGAAUUCUGCAAAGUACACAGCAGAGUUUGCAGCACAUCUUGUGAAGAUGAAAUAUCCAAGAAUCUGUAUUCUAGAUGGUGGCAUUAAUAAGAUCAAGCCAACAGGCCUCCUCACCGUCCCCUCUCCUCAAAUAUGAAGAGCCCAGAGGAUGACCGUCAAAAGGACGGAGAGGCAUCAGCUCCCAGCAGCACAGCCCAGCCCCUCACAGCCUGGCCACUCUAAGACAGAAGUCGGCUUCCUGAGUGUUACCUUUCCAUAGUGCUGUCAGGAGACUUUUUUUUUUUUUUUAAUCUCAUGACCCAGAUAUUCAACUACCAAGCAACAAACUUGACUGAACAUGUGUUGAAAGAAUUUUCUUAACAGUGAAAUCUGAUCAUGUAUUUUUAGCACAUUGCGACAAUAAGCCAGAGGAAUUGGCUGACAAGGCAGAUUUGGCAUUAUCAAGAAAUCUUACUUGCACUAAAAGAGCUGUCUCCCAUCGCACUGAAGAGACAGCCCUAACAAGGGCAUUUGGAAAUAUAGGUUGAAUGUGAGCUGAAAUCAUCGUUCCAUGGUAAUGAAAAGUGAAAGGCUGUUCAUAAUGCAUUCCUUAUAAGUAAAUGCUGCAUUUGGUAACUCAUUUUUGGCCCAGACAAGUUGUGUGUGUGUGUGUGUGUGUGUGUGUGUGUGUGUGUGUGUGCAUGUUUAGAGGAAAAAGAAUGUAGCUCAUUGAAGAAAGUAAUAAUAAUCUACUUACCAAAAAAAAUGAAAGAAUGAAACCUUUCAAAUUAGGUAAAAUAUUUGUUCGGCUUCUGUAGCAGAAAACCCCAAAUAAGAGUGAGUUAAACGAACUAGAACUUUCUUGCUUAGUCAGUCUAGGGAUAGUAUACUUUUUCAUAAUCACUCAAGUGUCUUUUCUCAUUGUUUUACCACCCCCAACACACUGUUACCAUCUCAUGGAUCAAGAUGGGUGCUCAGCUCUCACCAUCACAUCUGCAUUUUAGAAGGAAGAAAGGAAGGAAAAAAAAUAUGGAGGGGAGAAAGAAGGAAGGAAGAAAAUAUGAAAAAGAAGGGGAAAUGUGCUUCUCUAAUAACAAAAACCAGAAGUUGCACAUGUUACUUCCACUUAUAUACCAUUGGCCAGAACUUAGAUAUAUGGCCACACCUACCUAUAAGGAAAACUAGGAAUAUAGUCUAACUCUGUGGUUGGGAAACUGUGGCUCACAAGCCACAUGCGGCUCUUUGGCCCCUUGAGUGUGGCUCUUCCACAAAAUACCACAGCCUGGGUAAGUCUAUUUUGAAGAAGUGGCGUUAAAAGAAGUUUAAGUUUAAAAAAUGUGGCUCUCGAAAGAAAUUUCAAUCGUUGUACUGUUGAUAUUUGGCUCUAUUGACUAAUGAGUUUGCUGACCACUGAUCUAACUAAAACAUGUUCUUUCAUCUUUAACUUAUGUUCCUCUUUAGUGUUAGAACUACCUAUGCACAAUAUUUUAAUAAGAGCCUCACUUCAACUUUCUGGGCAUGGUUUUAUUGUUGCUGUUUUUAUUGAGUUUCUGUAUUUUUUUUUUUAUUGAGAUAAUUUACAUACCAUAAAAUUCACUUUUUAAAACGUACAACUCAGUGUUUUUUAGUAUGUUCACAAAAUUGUGCAACCACCAAAUUCCAAUGCAUUUCCAUCACCCCAAUAAAGAAAACCUGUACCUAUUA